AUGAAUUGGAUAAAUGAGAGUGUCCCACAGGAGUUCAUUCUGUUAGGUUUCUCAGAUCGACCAUGGCUAGAGCUUCCACUCUUUGUGGUGUUCCUGUUUUCCUAUAUCUUGACCAUCUUUGGCAAUCUGGCAAUAAUUCUUGUGUCACGACUGGAUUCUAAACUCCACACUCCUAUGUAUUUUUUUCUUACAAAUCUCUCAUUCCUGGACCUCUGCUAUACUACAAGUACAGUUCCACAAAUGCUUGUGAACAUACGCAACACAAGAAAGGUAAUUAGUUAUGGUGGUUGUGUGGCUCAGCUUUUCAUUUUCCUAGCCUUGGGUUCCACUGAAUGUCUUCUCCUGGCUGUCAUGUCCUUUGAUAGGUUUGUUGCUAUUUGUCGGCCUCUUCAUUACUCCAUUAUCAUGCACCAAAGGCUCUGCCUCCAGUUGGCAGCUGCAUCCUGGAUUAGUGGCUUUAGCAACUCAGUAUUGCAGUCUACUUGGACCCUUCAGAUGCCACUAUGUGGUCACCAAGAAGUGGAUCACUUCUUCUGUGAAGUCCCUGCACUGCUCAAGUUGGUCUGUGUUGACACAACAGCAAAUGAGGCUGAAAUAUUUUUUAUCAGUGUACUGUUCCUUCUCAUACCUGUGACAUUCAUCCUUAUAUCGUAUGGUUUUAUUGUCCAAGCAGUGUUGAGAAUACAGUCAACUGAGGGUCAACGAAAGGCAUUUGGGACAUGUGGCUCCCACUUAAUUGUAGUGUCACUUUUUUAUGGCACUGCUAUCUAUAUGUAUCUGCAACCACCAUCCCCUGCCUCCAAAGACAGGGGAAAGAUGGUAUCCCUUUUCUAUGGAAUCAUCACACCCAUGUUGAACCCCCUUAUCUACACACUUAGAAACAAAGAUGUAAAGGGAGCUUUUAAGAGGUUGUUUUUAAGGGUCUUAAUCCAGAAAUAA